GACACCUUUCUGGUCGAAAGUGCAGUAGAAGUGAUGGCAACCCAGGCAGAUCCAACUCAAGUAUUUUGCCAACUAUUGCACGAUUCUCUUACAAGUCAAACCAAGACAAGUGUUAUAGUGCCUGAGAGUGCUGCUCCUUCAACUACCACUACUAUGAAAUCAACUAAAGAUGCAGCUCUCUCAGCUAACAAACCUGCAAAAUCUACAGGAGGCAUUGAUGGGGGAGCAGUAUCAAUCAUUGUGAUAUCGUUGAUAGCAAUGUGCCUUUUUUGCAUAACUGCAUACCUCGUAUUCCGCACUCGGUCAUUGUCCAGAAGACUCAAAUCACAAGCAUCUGAACAGCAACAUAACACUGUUAUUACAAACAAUGUAACAGAACACUCAAACAACGUUAACAGUCCAUUCAAUAUCCAAGUAUCUAUGAAUCACGCGACAGAUCAUUCCUCUGGUUUUGAUGGGGUUCAUGUUGACUAUGACGAUACUGCAUUGGCGAAUAGUUACGAAGAACUUCGGCGGGAUAAUUGUUCAGAUGGGCAAUACAUGGAACUUGGAGAGAACCUGUUGCCGUCUACCGCCACAAAUGGUAUUGGUGACUAUAAUUACAUUUAACUUUCCAAGGAUGACCUCAAGACUAGUCAAUUCAAAGGUGGCCCAGAUGAGUAAUUGUAUUGUAUAAUAUGCCUAAGGGUAAAAAUAUUAAACCCUUAAAUAAUAGGAAAUUAUCAUGAAAAUUGCAGAUUUAACGAUCUUGAACUCCACAUUUUGUGGCAGUACAAUAGUUGAAGAUGUUUC